CAUCAAGCCAGCUGUAAAUGAUACUAGGACUUACUACUUAUUGUCAAAGUUGUCACUGGGAUCCAAAAAACCCUGGCCUGGUGAAUGCCAGAGGUAUUUCUCCUCCUAGCCACGACAAGAUCGAGUAUCGACUGCUGCUGUGCUGCUCUCGAAACCGGGCAGCGAUUUGAAAUCUUCUAGCCCCCCCCUCGAGUCACGUUCACUUUAAUUACACUCGUUUCUCAUAAAUUACCCCAGCUUCCGACGACAUGAAUUCUGGACCCUAUCUCGAGGACCAUGCUACCGUCCUUGUGACCAAUCGCCGUUUCUCAUCCGAAACCCGUUCCUGCGAUUUGCACAUCCGCAACUCCCCAACUCUUUUAGCACCCAACUCUGAACGAUCUUCAUGCUCUUCGACGAAACCAUCACCGACUGUCAGAUUCGCACCUCUGCCAAAGACCGAGUCAACCAGGAAGCGCUCCAUCCCCCCUCUUGGGGUUUCGGGGCGCACACGCCAUUCACGUAUUUCUAAAGAAGGACGGAAACCGCUGUGGUCUAUCGAUCCAUCUUCGGAGGAGAUAGGGGAGGAUCCCAUCAUCGUUCUUGGGAGGUUUGCCAAAAAGGCGGGUAUUAGGUUGUUGCAAAGAGUCAGAAGGAAGUCUGCGUCCCAAGAGAAAGGUGGUCGCUAUUCGGGUGACUUUUUAAAGGACACAGAGCCUGCAGUAUCGCCGCAAGAGACGGCAGGACCCAAAGCUGGACGACGACGGAGGAUAUCGAUUGGAGAGAGUGUUAUGGUUGACUGAGGGUGGUGUGCUUGCUUCUGCCGGAAAUUUUCAAGUACGCACAAGUGCUGGAGGCCAACUGACAUUCUCCGUGUUUCCUAGGCCGUCUUUAUGGACUGUACUCUCGCCGGCCAUUUUCACACCAUCCUUAACAUUUUCCUUCACCCUUUUUCCCGUGAUGACUGUAUCCCCCCCAGUUAAAGCCUACAUUACUAUUAGGCAUUAAAUCCAAGGGCUUUCUGAUUAAUCGAUCAUUUACUUUAGGUAGUUGUCCUUGCCAAUAAUUAGGUCUCCAACCUAACGUGUGUAGUAGUACUUGGUCUGGCGUCAAUCUUUUUCCUUUGGGCUACAUAAUAUACUUGACCAAUUAAUCCGCCUCCAGUCUUUGUUAACAUUUUUCGUGUCUGACGGUAUAUGCUGUGCGUUAAUGUGCUCUUCCCGAAAACUGUUGACGCUCCGGAA